AUGACCGCGUCAACGACGUUCCAAGACCGCCCGCUGCUGCAAGCAGCGGCGCUCCUCACGUUGCUCCUCUCCAUCCGCAUCGUGCACUGCAUGCAUCCCGACGCGAUGGCUCUCCUCACCUUCAAAAGCAUGAUAGGAGCAUCUUUCCUAACGUCCUGGGAUCCCGACAUUGACGUCUGCACCUCGUGGCAGGGCAUCAGUUGCGACGAAAGCUCCCGCGCGUCGUGGCUCACGCUGUCCCCGUGCUCGUGGCCGCCAACGCCCAAGAUCGAGGGCUCCUUGGAUGCCGCCUCGAGCCUCGGGGACAUCAGCGAACUCGUGGCUAUCGACCUAUCCUGCAACGAGUUCACCGGCAGUUUCCCCUCGGUGAUCACCAAGCUUACAAAGCUCUCGAUGCUGCGCCUCCGCAACAACAACCACUUCGAGGGGACUAUUCCCGAGACGUUCCUCACCAUGCCGAAGCUCGAGACGCUCGACCUUUCCAGCACGAACAUCAAAGGGAGCCUGCCCACCAAGGUGGGGUCGUUCUCGUCGCCGCUCAAGAACCUCGACCUAUCGUACAACGACUUGACAGGCGACAUUCCCGAGGAGAUGAGCACGCUUUCGGGCCUCCGGUACCUCAACCUGCGCGCGAAUCGCCUUGAAAGUUCCGGAACGCCAAACGCGCUUUUGUCCAUGACCCGCCUCACCUCCCUCGACAUUUCCGAUAAUCUUUUCUCUGGCGAAUUAUUGUCGGGACUCGGGCUUAAGCUGCCCAGCAUUAUGCACCUGGCGGCCGGCACCAACCAGCUGACCGGCAGCAUUCCGGACUCCUUGACGUUGCUCACGGCGCUCACGUUCCUGGACCUCGGCUACAACGAGCUCUCCGCCUCCCUCCCGUCCUCGCUACUGAGUCUUCCGCGUCUCGCCGAAGCGCGCCUGCGCCACAACUCCCUGGCGGGGAGCUUCCCCACGGGCACGGCGGCCUCGACGAAGCUGACCUUCCUGGAUAUUUCCUGGAACGAACUGCGUGGCUCGCUGCCGACGCUCAUAGCCAGCAGCACGAAACUAUCGUUCCUCGAUCUGAGCCACAACCAAUUCACUGGGGCCAUCCGUCCCGAGUGGAGCUCGCUCGUCAGUCUCCGCCACAUCAACCUGGGCUUUAACGACCUGACCGGAUUGAUCCCCACCGCCUUCCAGGCGCUCACGAACCUCGAUGCGUUCUACGCGCCGCACAACCGCCUGUCCGGACCGGCUCUUGGCGCGUUCGCCGCGCGCGGCGACCGCGACACGCGCUUCUUCCUGGACCUGAGCUACAACCGCUUGAGCACCGACAACCUGCGGCCGUUCGCCACGCUGUUCAACUUCAUGGACGUCAACUUGUCUCACAACGACCUGCGAGGUUCCAUUCCGUCGCGUAUGUUCGAGGACGUGUCCAUGUACAUGUUGGACAUGAGCUACAAUAACCUGAAAGGAGGCUUGGAUGAAUUCAUGGCGCUCUCCAACCUCCUCACCUUGAACCUCGCCAAGAACCGUCUGUCGGGGACGAUUCCCGCAAAGAUAAGCGACCUGGCGCAGCUGCAGCGGCUGGUGUUGGCGCGUAACGCGCUGUCCGGGAGUGUUCCCGAGGCGGUGACGGCGAUCAACGGACUGUUGAAGCUGGACCUGAGCAGCAACAGGUUGACGGGCAAGCUCCCAAGCAUCAACAACUGUCCCAAGGAGCUGCUCCUGGCGAACAACGGAUUCACCGCCGAUCUUCCCAGCAUGGACUCGUGCGCAGGCGUGGUGGAGCGCAUGGACCUGUCGUACAACCAGCUGUCGGGCGCCAUCCCCACCGUCAUUGCGGAAUUCUCGUUCCUCACCCACCUCUCUCUCUCGCACAACGCCCUGAACGACACCAUUCCCGAGGGAAUCGCGGAUCUGCGCAGCCUGCGCGUGCUGGACCUCUCGUGGAACAAGUUGCAAGGGUCCAUUCCCGCCGCGCUUGGGCUGUCAGAAGCUCUUCAAGAGGUGUACCUUGCGGGGAAUCAGCUGGAUGGGACCAUUCCCGACACCAUGGCGACUUACCCUGACUCGUCUUUCCUGCCUGGGAAUGAAUUGCUGUGUGGCGAACCUGUGAAGCAGUGCGAGGAUGCACUCAUGGUGAAGUAG